CGGCCUCAUAUUCAUUUCUUGUCGGGUGAUUGCCUUUAGGUACGAUAUCAGACGAACAGGAUAUAUUAUUGUGACCAGUAUAAUCGAAGAUGACGAUGUGCUGAGGCCAGCAGUUGUGGAGGCUGUAUUAGGCCUGUGGAAUCUAAUUCAACAACUUACUGUUGAAGGAAGAAAUGAUACUGCUUUUGAUUAUUCGUCAAUUUGUGUUAAAUUUCCAAUAUCACCUGAAUUUGAUGAAAUACUCGCAAGCAUUCUGUUGCAAAAUUCGUCCAGGUAACU